UCGACUGGAGCAACAACUGAUCAGAGACACAAAGUAGAAACAGAAAGUUCUGGAGCAGUGACUCUAACAGAACUAACACGCUUACUGAGCGCAGCAGAAGGAGAAAAGAAUAUCCAGCCAUUUAAAGAUCAUCAAGGAUUACUUUCAGCUCAGCAAGGCUGUUGUAAACUGCGACUGAAGCCAUAUGGAUUGAUCUUUUCUUUCCUUUGGUUUAUUUUCAGUACUGAAUACUGUGAGUUGUACUUUGCAGGAGAGUUUCAGAAAUACAUAAAAAGUCUCAAAAGGCUCUCGUUAUCACUGACCAAGGAUUUCAGACACAGGCAUAGGGACGCAGCUGUAUUUUUCAGUGCUGAGUUGCUGAUAGAGAAGAAAUGUCAGUGCUUCCUGUUCUUGUCCUGUCUCUCUGUCUGACUGUGGAUUCAGUCCACAGCCAGGGUUCAUCCCAGGAUGCCUUUAUCAUCCAGUACCUGGAGAGGAGACUGGCUCAGGUGGAGGAACGUCUGAAUCAAUGUGAACAAAACACAGUGGCCGUCACCCAGAAGACGUAUGACCUCUCUUCUGAAAUCAGGGGUUAUCUGUCCACUGUCAGUGUUCUAAGAUCAGAGGUGAAGGGCCAGGUGGACAGCGUGUCUGUGCGAGUAGACCGGGUGGAGAGAGAGCUGGAAUAUCUGGAAAACAAAAUUCCCAUCCAUUCUGACAUUGAGAUGGAGGAGGCACUACUGGAACAACAGAUAAAGGCAGCAGAACUCGACCAGAUGAAAAAGAAAUCCAAGAUCAAAGUGGAGAAAGACUGCAGCACAGCCCUCACUCAAAUAAAGUCUCUCAAGAUUGUGAAGAAGACAGGAGACACCUCUGGUUCCUGGUUCAAGGACCCAUCUGAAGGAUCCACCAAGGUCUACCUGCUCAGUGGAAUUCAUAACAACACUCUGCUGGAGUAUGUUUCCCUGCAAAGUUUCACAGAGAAGACCUCCACUCCACCAUCUAGGAUGGUACAGCUGCCUUUCCAUUGGCAGGGGACAGGCCAUGUGGUCUACAAUGGAUUCCUGUACUGCCACAAGGCAGACACACCCAACCAGUUACUGAAGGUAGACCUGUUGAAUGGUACAGUAGUGGACAGUACACUGCUGCCAGGGGCAGGCCGUCUGCCAGUCUACAGUCUGAACCCCAACACUUACCUGGACAUGGCUGUGGACGAACUUGGCCUCUGGGUCAUCCAUGCCGACCCUGAAUAUGGAGGAAACCUGAUCAUUACCAAACUAGAUACAGGAACUUUGGCAGUAGAAUACACCUGGGAUACACAGUGCAGAAGCCGUGAUGCUGAAGGGGCCUUCAUAAUAUGUGGGACCCUCUAUGUGGUCUACAACACACGCUAUGGAGGACGCUCCACCGUACAGUGUCUCUACGACAUCCAUGACACCAUCCACAGUGAUGAGAGUCCUGUGAUGUUCUUCCCAAAGCGCUACACCAGCCACAGCAGCAUCCACUACCACCCUGGAGACAAACAGCUGUAUGCCUGGGACGACGGCUACCAGACCAUAUACAAAGUGGAGACACAGAGACAUUACCGAGUCUCUGCAGAUUGAAGAUGAUCAUCUAAAAACAUGUGUUAUGACUUCGAAAAUAGUCCCAAAGUAGGCAAUAGACAUCACUUAUAAUAGCAUCAGUUAAGGUUGUUGAUUAGUAGCGAAUAAUCUACUAUUGUUCAGUAUAGUGAUCCUUUGCUGGCAAUGGAUGCUGCCUUUAUCACUGUUAAUCAUUGUAGAUGUUAGGAUCAUGCCCAGCCAAAGGCAUUUUAUACUAUGCAGGCUUUAUUCUUUAUAUCACCACAAUAAAGAACAAUUAAAUGUCA